AUGUUCACAAACAGCUGGUCACAGCUCGCAUGGUGGAAGACCUACUUCACCCCAAACCGGUACUCUCACGACCAAAUCCCUGACCUCACUGGAAAAGUCGCCAUCGUCACUGGCGCCAAUACAGGACUCGGAUACGCAACAACAAUCGCCCUCGCCGCACACGGAGCGCAAGUCUUCCUCGCCUGUCGUAGCCAGCAACGUGCAGAGGAUGCAAUUGAACGGGCCAAGGCAGAGAUCAGGGUUAAAUACCCUAAUGCACCCAAGGAUCCUCAACUCGAGUUUUUGAAAUUGGAUCUCAACGAUAUGAACAAGACCUACCAGGCGGCGAAAGAGUUUUUGGGAAAGGGCCUACCGUUGCACAUCCUAGUCAAUAACUCUGGAAUCAUGAACACACCGUUUGGAUUGAGCGCUGAUGGCAUUGAGGCACAGUUUGCUGUCAAUCAUAUGGGACACUUUGUCUUCACAACGGCUCUACUGGACAGGAUCAAGGAAUCCCAACCCUCCCGGAUUGUGAUCCUCUCCGCCAUGGGCCACGAACUCCUGCCCACAAAAAUGAACGGGAUCGAUUUCGCUACUCUCAACCAGCAAGGCAACUUUUCCUCCUUCAACCGAUACAGCCGCUCGAAACUCGCCAACAUCCUCUUCGCAAAAGCCCUCGCGCGUCGACUCGCCAACGAACGCGUUUACGUCAAUGUCGCCCACCCUGGUCUGGUUGCUACCGAGAUUGGGCGCAGCUCGAAGGAUAUGAUGGGAACGGUUGGAGAUAAAGCGGGACAGCUGUUAAAUGCUGUGAUGGGAUAUUCGGCUGAGGAAGGGGCGUUGACGCAGUUGUAUUUGGCAACGAGUCCUGAGAUUGAGAAUCGGGAUGUGACGGGGCAAUAUUUCAUUCCGAUUGCCAACGAGAUCCAGCCAUCAAGAUAUGCUAGAGAUGAAGAGCUGCAGGAGAAGUUGUGGAUGUUUAGCGAGAACCUCGCUCGCGAGAAGAUCAAGGUUUAA